AUGAGGGAUUGGAAAUAUUUUGGCAGCUUGGCCACUUGCAGCAAUGUUUGCCGGGAUGUUGGGAAAGCCAUCUACAGUGAAUGGGUGAAGGACUAUGGAAUCGCAUCUGCAAAGCAGCAUUGCAAGUCUUUGUGGCCCAAGGCUAUUGCAGGCCGGUGGUCAGGUUGCAACAAAUCUGAAGAGCGGUUCCUUCUUUGCGGCCGCCAACGCUUGGCACCAAUUUUGACUACCGUGCUUGGCAAAACUGCUGCUUCUGCAAAAAAGUCUGUGAAGUCAACAGUUGAUGAGCAUAGUGUUGAGGAAGCCCAGGCCUACUCCGAGCGGAUGUCACGAUGGAAGAAAAGAACUGCGGAGUGCAUACAGGACAGCCUCUGGUGGCAAGUGGUUGAAGUCAUGAACAAGACCCGAGGCCCGCUUUCGCACUUUUCCAACUUCCUUCACAAACCGCAAGGGGAAUGGGGUCACAUAGCCCAACUUGUUGGCGGGAAGGCCAAUGACAUCAAGGAAGAGUUCAACAGCGUAUGGUCAAGUCUGAGGAAAUCUGGCUGUCUUGCGCACACUGGGAAUGAGAAUGACUACGACUCUGACCAAGUACAGUCGCAAUUUGUGAGGAAUCUCGCGAUGGAUGUUCUUUUGCACUCCGCUUCUGGCUACCAUCGAAAGGUCAUGUUGCAGUUGAAUGCCGGAGAGUUUAGAUUGCUUUUGCUGGCAGAGGCCCCUCCUCGGAAGUUUUGCCUGCGGCGGCAACAAGAAGCAAAACACAUCCUGGAAGAAACUUCCAAGUCUUCCAAGAAGCAAACUUGCUCGACGAGCUUGCUCAAGUUUCGCACCUUGUUCGAGAAGGAUUUGGCGUGGGCGGCUUCUGCGGGGUACUGUUCAUACCGGAUGUAUAUCACACUUCGUGGACUUGCGUGCAUGAUUGAGCCCGACGUACAGCCGUCCGAGCGGCUAAACAAGGCCCUCACGCUCUUCGGUGAUAGAUGCCCCUCGGGCACUUUGGAUUUGCGCACAGGGCGAGCAGCUAUGAAACAUUUUCUUGGAGCCUAUUCCAUCAGCAGUACCAAGAGGUACAAAGACAUGAAGCCAGCAGCCAAAGCCUUGAUGGCGGAAUGCUUGAAAGGCUGGGCUCUUUUGGAUGAAGUGGACUCAAAUGAGAACCGUUUCCAACAUGCAGAGAAAAGGAAUGACCUUCCAUCACUCGAGCAGGCAAAGAAGAAUGAUUCUACAUUGGAACCCAUUGCAAGCACCGCGUAUCCAUUGCUGACAUUGAAGCCCCUCGACAAGACAUCUGCUGAGGCAAUUAUGGAAUUUGCCGACGAGGAUGAGGAGGAGGAUUGCGAUGCGCACAGCACGGGCAAUGACCUUGACACUCAAGAAACGGACGAAGUGGGAGAAAUACUUUCACGCAUGAAAGCAGCAGCAUCGGCCCCAUCGGGGGUCAAGUGUGAUGACGAUGAGGGUGAUGACGGUGAUGACGGUGAUGGUGAUGACCCCUGGCAAAUGUUACGUGAGAUGGCGGAGCAGUACGAAGCAAACCACGUAGCUGGAGAUUCCGGAGAUGUGUCCGAAGCAAAUCUCAUUAGACAGGCGGCUGGCGAAUGCUAUGAUGAUGCUGUAGCCCAUGACUGUGAUAUUGACAAUUCUUUUGAGAUAGAGCAGAAAAUGGAGAUGAUGCAAGAACAACAAACACGAGUGGAAUCUGCAAUUGCGCAAUCGGUGCUGGCAUCUGGGAUCAAAGUUCAAGGGGCUGCUUUGCUGAAGAUUGCAGAGAAUGCUGUUGCUGUCCCCUGA